AUGGAUCUGCGCUUAACAAGAUUACUGUGGGCUGAAUUAGUCAAAGAAAUAUUUUUGGCUCCAACGCUCUUCCGGAUUGUUCGCCUGGCUCGGAUAGGCCGAAUUCUGAGACUUGUUCGCGCAGCACGAGGAAUUAGGACUCUUCUUUUUGCUCUGAUGAUGUCCCUUCCUUCUCUGUUCAACAUUGGUCUUCUACUUUUUCUGGUUAUGUUUAUUUAUGCCAUUUUUGGUAUGAGCACUUUUUCCAAAGUGAAACAAGAAUCUAAAAUUGAUGACAUACUCAACUUCCAAACUUUUGUCGGCAGCAUGCUCUGUCUCUUCCAGAUAACCACGUCGGCAGGCUGGGACGCUCUCCUCAGACCCAUGCUGCGGACAAAUGACUCAUGUAACCCUGCCUCGGAGAACUGUUACCUCCAAUCCAUAGCCAUAACCUACUUCGUCAGUUACAUUAUCAUCUCUUUUCUCAUUGUUGUCAAUAUGUAUAUUGCUGUGAUUUUAGAGAACUUCAAUACAGCCACUGAAGAAAGUGAGGACCCUCUGAGUGAAGAUGACUUUGAAAUAUUCUAUGAAGUCUGGGAAAAGUUUGAUCCAGAAGCAACACAGUUUAUCAAAUAUUCUGCCCUUUCUGAUUUUGCUGACACCCUGCCUGAACCUUUGCGUGUGCCAAAGCCAAAUAAAUUUCAAUUUCUAGUAAUGGACUUGCCCAUGGUGAGUGAAGAUCGUCUCCACUGCAUGGAUAUUCUCUUUGCUUUUACCACUAGGGUGCUUGGUGAGUCUGAUGGCCUAGAUAGCAUGAAAGCAAUGAUGGAGGAGAAGUUCAUGGAAGCCAACCCUGUCAAGAAGUUAUAUGAACCUAUAGUCACCACCACCAAGAGGAAAGAAGAGGAAAAAUGUGCUGCUGUUAUCCAAAAGGCCUUUCGAAGGUACAUGAUGAGGACAACCAAGUGUGCCUUGGAAGACAGGCCUCAUUCACCAUUCCAGGCACUCUGCAAUGGAGACUUGUCCGGCUCUGGGGUGACUGAGGGCAAGGUCCACUAUGACUGA